UUUUGUUUUUAUUGUUGCAGAUUAUAUAGAGAAGCGUGGAUGAUUUCCACAGAUAAAAAUGGGUGACAAACCUCUGAAAUGUUGGACGGAGAACGAUGUCAGCAACUGGUUGUCUUCAAUUGGAUUAAAACGGAAACAUAUCACUAAACUUCAUGAAGAAGAGGCCACAGGAGCAGUGCUAAGAAUCCUCAAUGAAGGUGAUCUAGAAAAAAUGGGAAUGAAAUAUUUUCAAAUACAACUUUUACUCAGAGAAAGAGAUAAACUUUUCGAAAAAGAGAUCCAAAGAAAAUCACCAAAGGGGGAGGACAAACCUCAUCCAGAACCUGGGAGAAGCUCCAUCAAUCCCCCAGACAUAAGUCCAUCAUCUGCCAAACACAAGACAGAGGAGGAAGAUCAGAGAAAUAGUAACACCCUACAAGAAAAACUUAGAGAUACCCAGUCCAAGCCCACAGAAAUGGAUAGCAAUUUAAUAACAAAAUCUGUCCAAGUAGACAAAUUCCCUCAGAAGAUAACCAUCAAUGUUUCUGAGGACCACCAAGAUACAACGAGCCCAGAAGAUAAAAACCAAAUUGUGGCAAAAGAUUCUGAAAGGUUCAAGGGUUCAAAGGAGAACGCCAGACCAACAGCUUUUACACAGAGCAUUUUCCGACCCUUCGAUAAUCGUGAUACAAACUUCAAAUCUGUGAAGAACCAGGUACUUCCCCCUGAGACGAGCAUCGCCGAUCUGAUCACUCCUUGUCACGAGUACAAAUCAUUUUCUAUUGCCGCAGACUUGGAUAGGCCAAGACUUUUAGCAAAACUACGAUAUGAGACCUUUCGAUUUGCUGCCGCCUGUCUGAACAUGAGAACCAAUGGAACCAUACACUUUGGAAUCAUGGACAGUGUGGAAGACAAAGGCUUCACACAUGGACAGAUCGUUGGUAUUCCAAUUAGAAAUAAAGACUGGUAUGCAGAUUUAUUGAAUGAUUUGGAUAAGAGUUUUCCCGAAGCCAGUGAACAUACAGCUGCAGCGAUGUGUAUUCGCUGCCCUCAAUUUAUUGAGGUUGUUGAUGUGGGGUCGGAAGAGGAAAGGUUUGUGGUGGAAGUAGAUAUUGAGUCUCUAUCCGUCACUGUAGAGGGGAAAAUGUUUCAAGUAAGAUUGCCAAAGUUUGAUGAGCAUAAGAAUAAGACUUUUUAUGAAAAGAAAACUAUAUAUGAGAGGGCGGGGACAAAAUCUCAGCCAGUUAAAAUAGAGGAGGACUAUAAUGCAUUUAUGCUGAGGCUAAAAGAAGCCGAUAAGAGGAGAAAGGAAGCUGAGGAGGCCAAUGUUCCUGAAGCACGCAGAUAUGAAAAUCUAGGUAGGAAAGUAUCUGUCCUGCUAACAAAUGGUAAGCAGUACUUCGAUGACACACUGCAAUAUGUACUCAUCACAAACCGGUGUGAGAAAAACCAACUACAACACUUAAACUUUUUGAAAUACUUGAAAAUGUUGUGUGUUUUUGAUUUUGAUGCAGAGUCUGACAUCAGUGGGCUACACUCCAAGUGUAAAGAUUACCAUCAGACGAAUAUAUACUCCUUAAAGAGCUAUGCCAGUGAGUACGGGAAGAACCUGGAUGACAUUAUUAAUAAUCUGGGGCUCUUCAAGCACACAAGCUGGAUAUUUUGUAAUGGACGGAAGAGUUUCCUUGGGGAAGAUUUACCAUGUGAUGAGCAAUCUUGGAUCAAAAACAAAAUGAAGCACUUUAAGAAAGCCGUUUCUUUAAUCUGUGAUAAUAUUGAGAAAGGAUCCUUCAUCGUGCUCUUCAUGCUGUUGUCCCCUGUGGAAAAGCCAAUUGUUAAAGCCUUGAUGGAAUUUUAUGAGGAAUUGAGCGGGAUGGAAUACAUCACUUGUAUCACAGAGUGUGAAGAAUAUUACACACAAUGGGCUGGCUUGGCACAAGUGAUAUGUAACAGAACAGAACUUGACCAAAGAAGUGUUGUUGGCAUGAAGCUCAGCCAUGUUGACGCUACAGUUCAAGACAUGAUUCCAGAAAAAAACUUCAACAGAACGUUACCCGUCUCUACAAAAGGAGUUUGUGUUCUUACAACACCUAAAGAAGAAAAAAUGAACUCCCUAAACAUCUUGUGUGUAAAUGAGUGUGAAAACACCAACCUUAAGGCCAUAGACCCCAAGACACUUGAAAGUGAUUUCUAUCGAGGAGGAAAAAUUAGCUGGAAACAUUUGUGGCUUGCUGAGCAGACGAAAUGUGGGGCAUUCAUUGAGCGCCAUGCCUGUCAGGAAGUUGAGGGCAUGCUGAACGGCAUCUUAAAUAAAGACACCGUGAAACUUCCUGUAGCACGGAUCAACAUUUUUCACCAGCCAGGCAGUGGGGGGAGCACAGUGGCCAGGCAGAUCCUCUGGAAAAACAAAAAGAACUUACGGUGUGCCAUAGUGAACUCAAGAUACCAAACUACAAAGGUGUGUGAACAUGCGGUGGAGCUCAGAGAGUAUGAAGAAAGGGACACUGAAAAUUGUUUGCCAGUUCUCCUUCUUCUGGAAGACUGUACCGAAGAGUACAUUGAUGAAUUAAAACACAGUUUACGAGAAGUCAUGGUUCAUAAAAAAGUGAGACGUGCAAAGACUUGCUUUAUCCUCUUGACCUGUAAACGUUCAAAUGCACCAGAAAAGUCUUGUUCAGCCUCACCCAUCGACACAGUCGCCAUCACCCACAAGCUCAGAGAUAACGAGAAGCUGCUGUUCAAAGACAAAGCUGAAGAACUCAAUGAAACAUUUCCUUCUCAGGACCUGAUCAUUACUUUAAUGAGUCAAGAGUUCAAUAAGAAGUACCUGGAAGACUUUGUGAAGAAUGUGAUGGAAGAUCUAGACCACUCUUCUCCAGUAACUCGUCUGAUCAGAUACGCAGCAUUACUAAAUCAUUAUGUUAAAAAUUCUUAUAUCUCCCUUUCCCACUGUGAAGUCCUUCUGGGAAUUCAGUCUUAUGUUACUCAAGACUACAGACUGAGCCAAAAUCAUGAUCUCAACAGCUUAAGUGAACAAGCACUGAUCAUGGAGCUAAGGGAUGAAUCAACAUUCAUUUCUGCCAUUCGUAUUUUACAUCCUCUAAUCGCAGAGGAAAUUAUAAAUCAAUAUUCCACCCGUUCAUACCCUCAGAGUAAGAUUGCCCUGGAACUACUCAACGAAUCUGCUGCUCUCAACCACAGAUUUGCACAGCAGGAAUUUAUAAAAUUUAUAAAAGACUUGUUUUUCCGGCGACACAAGAAAAGUCGUGGUGACAAUGUAGACAGUUUCUUUUCCCCACUAAUAGAACACGUAUGUAAUGUGGAAAGAGACACUGAGAAGGCCAUUGAACUUCUACAGGUUGCCUUUGAGCAAUUUGAUAAAGAUGCACAUUUUGCACAACAACUUGCCAGACUCCAUUAUAAAAAUUCUAAAUUUGAAGAAGCACAGAAAUGGGUGGGAACCGCCAAAGCAAAGCUGCCGGAUGAUUCAUAUAUAUUGGACACUGAAGGACGCCUCUACAAGGAAUGGUUUACCGCAAACCACGACAAGUAUAAGGAGAACCCAAGCUCAGUAGAUGAAAUCAGCCUGAUUGAGCUUGGCCUUAAGUCAAUGGAGAGCUUCAGAGAGGCACAGAGAGCUGCAAAUAAUGACAAAGAUACAAUCAAUAACUCUGGAUAUAUGGGGGAAGUAGAUAUUGGAUGCAACCUGCUAGAGCUGCUACUAACAUUAUUUGAAAACAUAAAGAAAGACAAGGCAGAAUUGGUGGAAUAUCUUUUCAAUGAAAAAUACAUUCCAGAAGAGAUAAAGGACUCUUGGGCAAAGCUACACGAUCGUUUAAAAAGUUUGUACCAAAAUAUGUAUAAAGCUCUAGAGUGGAUUUCAGAAGACGUCGGCUGCUUUCAGGGGGAUAAAAUUGAUGUCUGGGAGACAACCAAGAAGGAUGAUUUUGUCGGGAAUUGGUUAGUUAAGCAGACAAAAAUAUUUGCCGAUUGUUUUAGAUCUGUAGGCCGGGCAGGCUAUUCUGCAUCAGCUGAAGAAAAUCCAUUUGCCAGGAAGAUGGCAAUUUAUAGCCUAGGGGGCAGCAGUGUGGCAACCAUUCUGUCAUUGUUAUCCAAUUCAAACGUUGAACAAUCAGUUUCAGAUUUGGAGAAGAUCAUCAACUGCUACCCUAGAGACAUAUCUGAAGACAGACUGGAUGAUGGUGACCUCAUUAGCCUCAUAAUGUGCCAUAUUGCUCUGGGAAGUGUCCAGCCGGACUCUAGAAAACUUUUGGAAUUCAAGAAAUUGCUGGAGAUAAGCCAACGGUUUCUGAAUGAGCGAAAAACAUUUCCUGCAAGUGCCUACUUUCUUAUUUUCAUGCUUUACUGGCCAGAUGAAAGAUUUCUAACCUCACAAUAUGCAAACAAGGGCAAUGUUCUGAACUCUGCAAUGGAAAAAGCUAAACGGCUGCACCAGAAAAGAAUUAAGGACGUCCCCGUCCGUAAGAAAAGAACAAACGUGCUCUUCUUCCUCGGGAAGGGCAUCGGCCUCCAGAAGUUAAUUUUCAGAAGUGCUAUAGAAAGGCUUCUAAACCAUCCAUUAAAUGAACGCACCUUCCGAUUUCACAGCGACCCAAACGAUAGAAAACUAAUUCAGGACAAGCUAAAGAAAGUCGAUGGAUGGACAGAAAAUGGAAGAGUCUACACAAAGGGCCCUUUCGGAAAAGGGAAGAUCGAGGUCUUACCUCUAAACUAUUCAUCAGUUCCUCAUGGGGAGGAAAAUGUGACUUUCUACCUGGGGUUCACCUACAUUGGAUACGUAACUUACGGGAUUGAAGUCAAAGAACAUUAAAGUGGAUCUGAACCCAAGAAGAGAAAUUUCAUAUUGCACCUUACCUGCCCUUAGAUGUGAUGGCUGCAUUUGUUUUCUUUUUUUUUUUCCAUUUGGUGAUACUGUCAGUAACACACUUCUUGUCCUAGGGUGACAACGCCUACUCACUGUACUGUAUCAGUGGAGGAGGCAGCAAUGUCACCCAAGGACUGAACUACAGAACACCUACCCCAUGCCUACUUUUUGCCAGAACAUGGAGGGAGGUGUUCUGUAGUCCACACAGAGAACUAGGAACAAGGUGAUACCAGUCAGAGCACAGCAAGUUAUACGUUCACAAGAUUUCUGACAGGAUUGAAUUGGUAUUUGAUGCUCUUAUUGAACAUGGCAAGUGUGGCAAACCUAGCCACUUCUGGAACGCUGGACGUUACAUGUCAUAGGGUUGUCUG